CUCCACCCGGGUCGCCCGGCAUCACUCGCGCGGCCUAAGGCAAGAUGGAGGAGUACGCCCGGGAGCCCUGCCCAUGGCGAAUUGUGGAUGACUGCGGUGGGGCCUUUACAAUGGGAACCAUAGGUGGUGGCAUCUUUCAGGCCAUCAAAGGUUUUCGCAAUUCUCCAGUGGGAGUGAAUCACAGACUGCGAGGGAGUCUGACAGCCAUUAAAACCAGAGCUCCACAAUUGGGAGGAAGCUUUGCCGUUUGGGGAGGUCUGUUUUCCAUGAUUGACUGCAGUAUGGUUCAGGUCCGAGGAAAAGAAGACCCGUGGAACUCCAUCACGAGUGGCGCCCUGACAGGAGCCAUCCUAGCAGCGAGAAAUGGACCAGUGGCCAUGGUAGGAUCAGCUGCCAUGGGUGGCAUUCUUCUAGCAUUAAUUGAAGGAGCCGGUAUUUUGUUGACAAGAUUUGCAUCUGCACAGUUUCCCAACGGUCCUCAGUUUGCCGAAGACCCCACCCAGUUACCUUCCACCCAAUUGCCGUCCUCACCGUUUGGAGACUAUCGACAGUACCAGUAGGACUUCUUUCCUGGGGCAUCUGCAGUCACGUGAGCUCUAGGUCAAGAAGGACUUAGAAGACCAAGCCACAGUCUUUUUAAACCUUAGGUGGGACAGCCAUGGCCGAGUAGGCUAUGAAGAGACAUUGAGUACUUUUUCUAUUUAAAGGAACCUGUGAAGUAUUACAUGAUAAUACAUUUAUUUAUUCACACUUGGAUUGCAUUUGUGAUCAAAAUAAAUGUCUCCUAUCAUUGAAAGAGAAUGGAAGUGCUUAGAAGACAAAGGACCAAAAGGCAAGGAGCAGUGAAACGUGCCCAUCCCCUCUGGGAACUUCUCUGCCUGGUCUUGUGUGCUCAAUUAUUCCAUCAAUAAAACGCUCUUGGAACUCA